UUCCGGAUUAAUACACUUUUCUUCAUCACUGGUGGUGGGAAUGAAGACAGUGAACAUGCAGAAUAGAGGGAAUGAGCGCAGUCGGCACCUCUGUGGCUCAGGUUGGCGAAGACACGGCAGUAACCGCAGGGCUUACGAGCGGAGUUACCGUGCGGCACCGAUGGACGCGCUGCAUUGAGUUACACUGUAUCGUUUUGAUUAUCAGUAUGGUUUCAGUUACACAGCAUCAAAUCGCCUUUUGCUCUUUCAUCAACUAUAAAAUCAUGACGAUGAACAUGCUAAAAUACACUAUCUGUAUUGAAAUUCACGUUUUGUUUUUUCAGUCAGUCAAGCAGGAGUCUUCUCAUUCCCGUGACAUUCAUUAUCAUAUUUUUCAUGUCUAAACACACCAGUCAAUUUUACAAAAAUCACAUCUUGUUGAUAAUGAUUCGUCAGGCUGUUUUGGGAUAAACUUCUGAAAUGUCAAUUACAAAAAAGUCUGCCAGCAUUCCAUCUGAUAUUAAUAUGGAAUUUGAUAGAUUCUCUGGGCCAGAUAUUUAACGCACAUUCUUGUGUUUCAUCUCCUCCGAAGAGAUUGUACUGGACGCUUAAGGACUCCCUUAAUUUCUUGGUUUUAUGCUGGUGUCCUUGACAUGCACCCUCAGCUACGCUGGUUAUUCCUGUGAAUCUUUCUGCAGCCUUGAGGGAGUUUGUGCAUCUGCUGAGACCCCUUCUCACAGGGCAUUGGGUCACGUCACAGACACCAGCAGUUCAUCCAUCAACACUCAGAUGUCUGCCCCAGAAUUGCCAGGGUUCUACUUUGAUGCUGAGAAGAACCGUUACUUCCGUCUGUUGCCAGGACAUAACAACUGCAACCCGCUGACCAGGGAGGGCCUGCAGCGGGAGGAGCAGGAGCGUCGGCGCCUGCGGCUCCUGGAGGAGGAGGCGGCCAGCAAGUCACCUCGGGUCGGCCUCAACUCUACGCUGCUCCUGCAGAAACGGCACCUGGGGCUUAUUCCAGGAAACUCGUACAGCAGUAUGACUUAUCGGUUGUCUGUGGGAGGGAAUGAGAUGAGAAAUGCUCGGUCCUGUGUUGCAGACCAGCCCGGAAUGCUGUGCAGUUUUAAGAUCUCGACAGCUUGGUCCUGUGCCUGGUGUCUGAACCCACAGGCUGACAAGAACUUCAGCACAGGGCUGUCAAGACGUGUCAUCGUGACGGACGCUGUGACGGGCCGGCGGCAGACCUACGGUGUUGGCAGUGACGUGCUGGCACAGCAGUUCGCCCUGCGGGCCCCGAUCCUGUACAACGGGGGGCGUUCGGGGGAGAUCUUCAGCAUCGACCUCAGGCAGCGAGCCCGUCGUGGCCACGGCUGGAAGGCCUGUCGCUUCUACCAGGAAUCCGCCAUCACCUCGGUCCAUGUACUACAGGAUGAGAACUACCUCGUCGCUGCUGACAUGAAGGGAACGAUCAAGCUUUGGGACGUGCGCGUCACCAAGGCAGUGCGGCAGUACGACGGGCACCACAACGAGCAUGCGUACCUGCCACUGCACGUCUGCGAGCCGGAGGGGCUGCUACUGGCAGUGGGACAGGACUGUUACACCCGCCUGUGGAGCCUAGGCGAUGGGCGCCUGCUGCGGACCAUCCCCUCCCCCCACCCUGCCAGCAAGGACUCUGUGCCUAGCGUGGUGUUCUCCUCGCAGCUGGGGGGUCGUCGCGGCCUGCCCGGCCUCCUGAUGGCCGUUCGACACGACCUCUACCACUUCCCAUACAGCUGUGACUACGGGGACGGGAACGCACUGUCGAAGGGCUGCUGAGGCAGGCGAGCUGCCAGCCACUGCCAACCACGUCUAAAGAUGGCCACACGGCUGCUUCCAACGCCUGUGUGGAGGGGGCAGUUCUUGGCCCCAGGGCAAGCUCACACUUGGCCAUCAGUCCUUCUGCCAUACUUACACUCUCCUCAAAUAACCUUUUCUUGAAGGCCCUGUUUUAUUAAUGACCUCUGCAAGUGCAAUUUAGACUAAAGGAUCAGUUUAUUUUGUGGUCAAACAGUUAUUUUAUGCAAAUGUUCCAUAUUUCAGAAAGAAUUAAAAUGUGUAAUGAUUUACAAAAUA